AUGAAUGGUGGUCUUAGCAAGCUCGGGACUGCUCUCACUGUAGUGUUUGCGGCCAUUCUCGCAGCCCUAGCAGCCCAGCUCUUCUUCCUCCUCUGGCGCCGGCGGAAGUCUCAGUCUCAGACCCGGAUCGGGCCCCACGUAAACCCGCCUCACUCACAGCACCACAGCAGCGUCGACGUUGACGUGGACGAAGUGUUCAAGUGGCAGCAGGCACUGUACGGCGUGUCGUCAAGGGUUUUGUUCACGAUCGAGGAGGAGGAGGAGAGAAGGGUGCUGGACUCCUCCGAGACGACGACGCACUCGUCGUGCGCGGAGAAAGAGGUGAAGACGGCGACGACGGUGGUGCUGGACGUAGCUGUGACGGUGAUGAGUGUAGAGGUGGACGACGGGCCGACGCCGUUUUUGACUCCUUGUGCUUCGCCGCCGUACUAUACUCCGUCGCCUUCUCCCGGUCGUGAGACUUGUAGCGUGUGA